AUGUUGGCGAAUAGGUUGGUAGUGAUCAUGGGUGCCAUAGGCAUAGAAAAGACGAAGCUAUCAAUCGAUGUGGCUAAGGUUAUUGGCGAUGAGGUGUUGAAUGUUGAUAAGAUGCAAGCUUAUGCUGGCUUUGAUAUCGCCACCAACAAGGUGAGUUUUCUUUCUCGAUGUGGUAUUCCUCAUCACCUUCUUGUGGUUAUUCCUUUUACUGUUGAUGAUUUUCCUAUAUCCCUUUUUUUAUCUCUUGCAACCAUGGCCGUAAAUUGUAUUGUAAGGCGUGGUCGCAUGCCUAUUGUUGUAGGUGGAUCAAACUCGCUCAUACAUGGACUUCUUGUUGACUAUUUUGAUUCCUCCCUUGUUAAACCCUUUGUGAUAGCCGAUUAUUGCAUGUCCUUAAGUUUUCAAAGUUGCAUCAUUUGGAUUCAUCCUAAUGAGGUGAUUCUCAAUGAAUAUCUCAAUUGCCAUGUAAUUGAAAUUGGCUUGGUCGAGGAGGUUAAGGAAUACUUUGAUGCACACAAUAACUAUGUUGGGGGACACUGGUCUAGCAAAGGCAAUCGACGUAUUAGAGCUAGGUGA